AUGAAGUCUACUGUCUUCAGUCUCGCUUUAAUCGCGGCUGUUGCUGCUCAAGACUCGGCCAGCGGCCUCGGGUGCGGUAAAGUCUGCAUCGACAACAUGCUGAAAAAGGGCAGCGCUCUCGGCUGCUCAGACGGGGACUGGUCGUGUCUCUGCAAAAACCCAGACUUCCACAACGGUUUGCGCGACUGCUCUACUCAGUCCUGUCCCAACGAGGCCAACCAGGUCAUCAAGUUCAGCACAGACGAGUGCGCUCGUGUCGGUGUCAAGGUUACCGGUGGAGGCGCCGGCGCCGGUGGUGCUAGCCAGAGCGGGGGAAAUGGAGGUGAAGCCUCCAAGACUGGCGAGGGUGACGGUGGUGCCAAGGUUACUACCAUCUACAGCACCGAAACUGGUCCUGACGGCAAGGCCGUCACCACUCCUGUGGCCACUUCUACCAUUGGGGCAGGUAACGGCGAAGCUGGUGGCGCCGGCGGUGUCCUCACUUUCACCACCAACGGUUCCCAGGUUGUUAGCACUCUCGCCACCGCGAUGAGCAGCUCUUCCGGCACCGAGAGUGCUGGUGCCUCUGAGACUGGCUCUGGCUCUGAGUCUUCAACUGGUGGUGCUGGCUCCGAGUCCUCAACUGGCGGCUCUGGCUCUGAGUCCACCUCGGAAGGCAAUGGCGGUGCUUCCCAAACAUCCGAGGGCGGCUCCGGCUCGCAGACUUCCGGCAACGGUGGUGCUACAUCCACCAGCAAGGGCUUUGCUGCCCAGAUCACUGCUGCCCCUGGCAUCCUCGCCGCUGCCGGCCUCGCUGCUCUCCUCAUCUAG